AUGGAGGAGAACAAGAAAAAACAAACAAAAAUGGCAUUUGCCGAAAAUUCUCACGAUGUCAUCGUGUCCUGCCUCUCAAAGCAAACGCUGCAGGAAAUUGAGGGCCUUGACCCUGCACAAUGCGGCUUUGGCCGGGAGGAGUGCUGUGAGCCUCUGCCGGCGAAGCUUCCAGGCAGCAUGGCGUUAAAAGAGCAUUUAUUUCUUGCCACCGACUUGCCUGCAACAGAAUGGGAUUCGAAAACGGGAAAUGUUCCUGGGUAUAGUGCACUGGAACAAGUUGUGAGUUCAAGAGGAGGCAUGAAACUCACGGUUUUUUAUCGUCCCGGUCCCGAUAGGUGUAUUUUACGAUUUAAGUAUGAGGAAAGUUUGGAGUAUAUGCUGAUUACACAGCACAGUUGCAUCACAGAAGGGGAGCUUCCGUGGGAAUCCGAGGGUGCGAUAAGCUCCGAUCGCUCGAAUGAGGUGUUUAUUUUUGUGUGUUCCCAUCGUUCUCGUGAUGGUCGUUGUGGGUACUGUGGUGCCGUUUUGGUGGAGCUUUUGCGUCAGUCGAUUAGGGCCAAGAAGGGCGAUGAUGAAACCAUUCACGUGUACCCGUGUUCCCACGUCGGAGGGCAUAUCUACGCUGGAAAUGUCUUGAUGUACACAAAUCAUGGAGGCAUAUGCUUUGGCUGCUUUACUGCAGCUCAUGUGGAUGCAUUUGUGGAUUUUCUUAUGGGGGGCGCGGCGGAACUCCCGGCCUCGCUGCAGCAACGUGUUCGGGGCAGAAUUGGCUACACAAAGGUAAACUCCAGGUGCUGCGUCAUGUAG